CUCUCCAUGUACAUUCAAAUCCCUGGCACUGCACAGCGUAUACCUCCAGCACCUGGACUUUAUAGUCUACACUGUAAUGUGGUGAAUAGGAUAGACUGAUUACAUUUUAUCUGCUGGAGGACAUGAGAGGGUGAGGGAUUUUUUUCUUGCACAAAUGAUCUAAAAGCUAGCAUUGGAUGGACAAUCUAAUUACCACCCAGACUGUCAGUUCUGGUGGAGGUGCUGGAGGAAGUAGCAGAGUGGCAACAAAAUCAAUAACGACUUCUCGGCUGACAUCACAAAGUGAUCUUUCUCUGGUUGCUGGAGGGUCAGGUGGAAGAGCUGCAACAGGAGGCUCAAGUGGCACAAGCAGCUCAGUCCUGAUCACAUCCAGCAGCUCCCAAGCCUCCAGCUCCGGUGGAUACGGAGCCAGCAAGGGCACUGGAGGCAUCAGCAUCACUACUCUAGGAGCCUCUUCUGCUGUAUCCUCGGGUGGAGGGAGUUCAGCAGCUUCAGGGGGCACGGGCUCAGGGUCAGGGGCAGGGGCUGCGGGCGGUGGAGGUGGAGGGGGAGCGGCAGGAGCAGGAGCAGGAGCAGGGGCAGGGUUUAGAGCGGCUGCAGGGGGGUCCUCCAGCAUGUCCUCUAGUUAUGCAAGUGGUGGCAGAGAAGGAAAAAGGGAAGGGGGUCUAGGUGCUGUGACUGUUUCAACGGUGACGAAGAACAGCUACAGUUCAGGAGGAUCUGGGGAAACGAAGAGAGGAUCGUCCUCAGGAAUCACUUAUUCACCUAUUCCCAAAGAGAGGAAGAGCAUGACCACCAUGGCAGCAGCUUUCUCGGAGGCCUUUGAUGAGAGUUCAAGCACAAACUCCUCUCCAGAGUACAACAGGAAGGAGUAUGGCACUUCAUUCAUUUCAAGCUCUGCCACCAGAGGGAGAAGUCAGAGCAGAGAGAGUGAGAUCAGAACCAGGCUUCAGAGUGCUUCUCCUCCAGCAAGUUGGACGGAGCUGGACGACGUGAAGCGUCUGCUGAGAGGAAACCCUUCCAAGACCAGCCCCACUCAGUCCCCUGACAACACACUGCCCAUCCCUAAGAAGGCCAGCGUGGAAACUAGGACCAUGUCUGAGAGCUCCAGCACAGAGCACUAUGGCAGUGUUUGGUCUGGAGGUGUGAGCAGCAGCUACAGUUACAAUACCAACCCCAACAACCUGUCCACUUCCUCCACAAUGUACCAGUCAGGAGGAGUUCAGAACAACCUGACACUCAGCUCUCCCUCCAUGAACAGUGGACUAUCUGCUUGCAGCACUGUUCCUCUGUAUGGUGUUCAGAAUAACCUGGUCCCUAGCAGUCCCACUGUCCUCUCCCCCACAGGAACCAACACACAUAUAGUUUAUGGUGUGCAGAAAAAUGCAUCUGGUACUGGAAUUAGCACAACCACAGUGAGACCCAGCAGUCCCACUCCUGACGAGGCCUCAGGCAAAGACUUCAAGUUUGUGCUGAUCGAGAAGGAGAACGCUCCUGUCAAGAAGGAAACAGAGCGGUUGGUCAUGGCCAAAGACACAGGGAAGCAGUUCAUGUCUGCUGCACCCUCCACUGCUUCUGCAACCUACUCUGAGGACUCACUGAAGAGAGAGAAGCAGAAACUAUCAUCCAGCACCGUGGAGGAAGGAACAGAUGCUAAAUCUGCAACCCUAAAAGUUGCCACAAAAGACAAAGCCACCUAUGCUGAGAUCCGUGAAGAUAAAUCAGGCUUUGGCUUCUGUUCCUGCUGCAGCUGGUGGAAGUGGCUGCUGGGCCUCCUGCUCAGCCUGCUCCUCCUCCUCGGCCUGCUCUUUGGACUCAUCGCUCUGGGUGAAGAAGUGAAACGCCUCAAAAACCGUGUUGAAGCUUUGGAAGCCAUCACUGGCAGCGAGUCAGCCAGGUCCAGCCGGCUGUCGGCCUCCUCUGGCGUCAACAUCAUCGACCCACUGGAUGCGUCGUACAUUGACAGGAGUUCCUCUGGGCCCACCCUGACCCGCUCCGACAAUGGGAUCAACCUGGGGGCUGCUGGGCCAGGGGGAGGUGCAGGAAGCGGACCGGGACAUGACAGCGCUGCCCUGCAGAGAGCCGUCCAGCAGCUGGUCAGGUCUGAACUCCGCUCGGAUGCUGUGAGAGAAACACUUGCAUACUCACUGAAAGGGGAGAGAGGAGACCCAGGACCUAAAGGUGAUCCAGGGGCACUCGGACUAAAAGGUGAUAGCGGCUUUCCUGGCCUACCAGGUCCUCCCGGACAGAUGGGUCACCCAGGAUUGGAUGGACCAAGGGGACCAAAGGGCAGUGCAGGUGAACAUGGUCCAGACGGACCACCAGGCCAGAGGGGCCGGGAGGGACAGAUGGGCCCCCGUGGAGAGACUGGACCCCCAGGUUUUGGAGAGAAAGGAUCUCAAGGUGAGCCAGGACGUCCCGGUCUUGCUGGUGCUCCUGGACCUGUGGGGCCAAAAGGUGCCAGUGGAGAGCAAGGUGCCUUGGGAAGCCCUGGGGCUCCGGGUCUAAAGGGUUUCCCAGGUGAUGCAGGAGCACCAGGAGCAAAAGGUGAUCGAGGAACACCGGGAGUGCCAGGAGCCAAAGGAGACCCGGGAGAGAGGGGACCACGUGGACCAGCAGGUGAACCAGGAACACCUGGACCACAAGGCCCUGCUGGACAAACGGGAUCUAAGGGAAUUGCAGGUGACAGCGGUUCGAUCGGACUUCCUGGUGUGAGAGGACCACCUGGACAUCAGGGAGAUGUUGGUCCCCCAGGCAUCCCUGGGCUUCAAGGACCCCCAGGAGUUGCUGGAAACCCAGGACAGCCUGGUGUUAAAGGUGAACCAGGGUUACCUGGUAAAGUCAUCGCUCCAAUUGGCUCCGAUACUGUGGCCAUCCCCGGACCACCAGGGCCUGCUGGGGCUCCAGGUCCUGCUGGAACCCCCGGUCUGUCUGGUCCCAUUGGCCCUGCUGGUGUCCCAGGACAACCUGGUCCUAGGGGAGUACAAGGAGAGACAGGAGAAAAAGGAGAAAAGGGGGAGAAGGGAGAGCAAGGAAAACCCGGCGAGCCUGGUAUCAGCGCCACAAGUUCAGGAUCUGUCAGUGCUACCCAAACAGACAAACUUUCCUCAGCGGCUGGACAACCUGGCCCACCUGGACCUCCAGGGCCUCCUGGAGAACCUGGUCUUCAAGGUCCUCCUGGUGAGACUAAACAGGGUCCCCCAGGACGCAGAGGUCCUCCUGGACAGCCAGGUGUUAGUUUACCUGGACCUCCAGGAGAGAAAGGAGAACCCGGCAGCUUUGUGCCUAACUCAGAAACCUUUUUUGCUGGACCACCAGGACCUCCAGGACCCCCAGGCCCGCAGGGUCCAGGAGGUGGCCAAGGGAUACAAGGGUACCAAGGUGAACCAGGUCAACCAGGUCUUCCAGGGAGUCCAGGGGAACCAGGUGUUGGUUUCCCAGGUCAGCCUGGAUCUAUUGGAACUAUUGGCCCUCAGGGUCCACCAGGCCCAGAGGGGCCACAAGGACCUAAAGGUGACCCAGGAGCCCCUGGUGCACCAGGACACCCUGGAGCAUCCGUUGGUGGCUCAUACAGUCCCGGCCCCCCAGGCCCACCUGGUCCACCUGGUGCACCUGGAAGAGGUGGAAGUGGGUCUGGAUCAAUUGAUGUGGGCCAGUACAUGGCAGAAUACCUUCAGAGUGGUACCUGGCAGCAGUACCUGGCUGGACCUCCUGGGCCUCCCGGUCCUCCAGGGGCUCCAGGGAACACAGGAGACGGGUUGGUCGACGAUGUGGCCAACCGAGUUAUGGCCUACAUCCAAAGUAGAGGAUAUGAUGGGACUCCUGGCCCUCCUGGUCCUCCAGGUCCACCUGGCUCCAUCUCUUUCAACGACAUCAUCAGCAUAUUACAACGAGACGACGUGAGGAGAUACCUUUCUGCAGGUUCCGGUCCUCCCGGUCCGCCAGGACCUCCUGGAGAUCCAGGUCACGGCAGCUACAGCUUCAACACCCAGGAGGUGGCUGAACGUGUCCUCAGCCUCAUGAAUGAUAGAGGAGUGGCAGGUGUCCCUGGACCCCCAGGACCUCCUGGCCCUCCUGGUAUUCCUGGAAACUUGUUAUCAGGUGGGUACCAAGGACAUGUGGGCCCUCAGGGACCUCCUGGUCCCCCAGGUAUCCCUGGUCCACAAGGUCCAGCUGGCCCACCAGGAUUUGCGAACUACAUCAGUUCAGACAUUCAUGACUAUCUGCAAAGUGUUGCCUUCAGAGGCCCACCGGGCCCCCCUGGACCCCCUGGACCCGAGGGCCCCCCUGGUCAAAUACGCGGACUGGUUUCAUAUGCUGAGCAUGCCAACAGAGACACGCUUAAAGCAGAACAACAAGAAUACGUCAGGAGUGACAGUUCAAGAGGAGCUAUGUUUGGACAUCCUGGUCCACCAGGCCCUCCUGGACCUCCAGGACACAAGGGAGAGCCAGGAGUGCCCAGCACCAGAGACUGGAGCCUGGAUACUAGAGACUACUCCAGUAUGGCUGUCAAAGUAACUGAUUACAUCAAAUCCCACGGUGUGCUGCAUGACAUUGUGAAGGAAUACAACAGUCGUAUGUUCCAAGGACCUCCAGGACCGCCCGGCCCUCCGGGUCCCGCUGGAUGGUUUGGUUCCCAUGGAAACACCACAGAUCUGUUAGAAUACAUCAGAUCUCAUGGUCUGUUGCGUGACAUUGAACGGAACCACAAUGAACGUGCCGCCCAAGGACCGCCGGGACCACCUGGCCCUGCGGGUCCCCCCGGAUACAGCCGAUUGUUUGGUUCCGAUGCAAGCGCCACUGAUUUAGUAGAAUACAUCAAAACACAUGGAGCCAUUAUGGGACCACCUGGGAGGCCAGGACAGAAAGGGGACAUAGGAUUCCCAGGGCCAAAAGGUGAACGAGGCUUCCCUGGGCCUGAAGGACGCAGAGGACAAAAAGGUGACAGAGGAGAACACACACUGAUGACUAAAAGAAGAAGGAGGGACGUUGGCGUUUAAGGGUCAAGUUACUGAAUAUAAGGAGUCUGUACUGGAGUUCUCUGGUGUGUAUAAAGGGGAUAAAUGUAGUGAAACAGACAGUGGAUGCUUUUUACCAAUGUAUGAGUUUUUAUAGAUGAUUUGUGAUUGUAUUUUUAUAUCUUCUGGGCCGAGUUGUGAUGUACAGUUUUGGAUGUAUUAUGGGCCGUCAUGCAGAGGGGGUGAAAUCUUUUAUUUUGGGGGACUGAACCGAGUGUUGACUUUCACUUUGUCAUACUGGUGGGCAUUUUCUAACUCAUUUUUAAAAAAAAUAUGUGUAUGUUUUUAUUUCAUAGCUUUUUAGUUUUUAGUUAAUUACAGCUGUAUGCCCAGAUGGAAUGACAUGAAAACAUAACUACAGUACAGAGCAAAAUGUUUAUUUACAGCAAAAUGAAAAUCUACAUUACACAGGCAGUCUAAAAACUAUACAUUUAUCUUUAAAAAAGAAAGCACAAUGAUUUUGAUAUGGAUUUUUUCAUUCAACAUUCAGAAUUUAAUGAAUUUACUCAUUGUUUAGUAGAAUCUAACUGAGACAGAACAAAGGUUGACAGGUUUUGUAAUUCUAUUUUUGUAUGCUGCAAACAUCCAAUGAGUGAGUAAGCUUCACCACACAGGCUGCAGAGUGCUACACUUCCAAAUAAAUAGCUACUGAGAAAGCUUUGUAAAAAGGUGCACAGCACUCCUUCAUUGCAUUUAUCGUACAUUAACAGCUCAGUUAUUAAAAUACCUUUGACUAACCGUAACCCCUCAACAGCCAAUCAUAAAGAAAAUGAGAUGAUAAAAUGAACCAAUCACAAGUCAAGAUGGCCUAAACCAGUCAGGUCCAUUUUCUGUUUGUUUUUACUACUGCAUCAAUACAUCAACCUAAAUAAAAAAACACCAACUAAGA